GAGAAGGGGGAGGAAGGGGGGCAUCCAUUUUUGUGGCGGGGAUUUGAGCUGCUUUUGUGUAACUCUCCCUGAGAGAUCGCAUGCUUGAUGAAAGGCCCUUAGAAAAUGCAAAUUGCAGCACGCAUGAAAAGCACAAAGAGGCAUCUCGCUGUCCCUGCCAUGGGUUUAAUUCUUCACCAACCACGUAGCGCUGACGUCGGGAGCAGAUAAUCUCUUCUCUGCCCGGGAGUGAGAAUAACCAACAUCCCAGGAGAGACCCAUUAAAACAUCUUAGCAAUGGACUCUGCUCCACCUCUUCUCACUCAAACCCUUCCUUCUCAGUCUCCUCAUAUGAAUCCUUCAUCACCUCCACAAUCUAUUUCUGAGCAGAUAAACAUAUCCCCCACAUCUCCUCAACCUGCUUCCCCUCCAAGCCCGCCAUCAUCUCUUCAUAUCUCUUCUGAUUCCCUUUCACCUCCUCAUAUCACAAAUCUGCCUUUUCCUUCUCAAAAUUCUCCAUCAAAGUCCUUGCCUUUACCCUAUAUCAGUCCUGCAGCAACCUCUCUCCCUCUCACUUCUCCAGUUUCUCCCUCCCCUGUCUCACUGUGUGCCCCUCCUGAGAGCAUUUCUCCUCAAAGUGUUAAUUUCUGUCGUCCUCCUGUUACUCCAAGUCCACCUCCAAGUGCUCUUUCUCCCCCUCCACCAUCUGAAUCUCCUCCUCCAGUCUCUUGUACUCCAUCUCCAGUUUCUCUAUGCCCACCAGCUGACUCUUCUGCUCCUUCCACACCUCCAGUCUCUUCCACACCUCCAGUCUCUCCCAGCAUAAGUAUUCCACCUUCCCCACAAAAUCCUGACAAUUGUCCAUUAUUCACACUGCCUCCAUCCUCACCAUCUCCUCCUCCAUCUUCCCUUUCACCAUCUCAAACAUCACCUUCUCCUUCCCCUCCACCUGCAUCUCUGCCUGCCUCAUCAUCCCUGCUUGGCAUUUCUUUUGCCGAUGAAGAACUGGAUCUUCAGCGCCAUUCCAACGGUUUUUCUGAUGGUUCAAGCUCCAAGUCCCGUCAGUUUCCAUGUACGAUAUGUGGGAAACAGUUCCGUUUUAUCAGCAUUCUAGCACUUCAUGCAAGCACCCACAGGGUGCGUGGAAACCUUGCACAGGGUCGUGGAGGGCACAAGACUCCUUUUGAGACAAACUCCCAAAGGCCGUUGCUGCUGGGGCGCCAGCAUCAAAAAGAACCAAAUUCCCCAGUAAUAUCAAAUUCAGCUACAGAAGAUGUUCAGGAGCCAGUCCCGCUAUUGACUAUUCCAGCUAAACAUCCCACACUUCGCCACCCUUGCCCUUUUUGCAAAGGUAAAUUUCGUAAGGCAGCUGAACUGGAACGCCACCUCAGAAUUCUUCACAGGCCUUAUAAAUGUCACCUCUGUGACUUUGCAGCAUCUCAGGAGGGGGAGCUAAUAGUUCAUGUUGAGAGGAGACAUUCAGCUCCUCAGCGACCCAAGAUUGUUCCACCUACACCAACUCCAACUCCUGCUCUGCCUCCUGCUGAGUUUAAAUGUGAGGUUUGCUCCCAGAGCUUCACCCAGUCCUGGUUCUUGAAAGGCCAUAUGCGUAAGCAUAAGGACUCCUUUGACCAUCGAUGCUCAGUUUGUGGACGAUGCUUCAAGGAGUCAUGGUUCCUGAAAAACCAUAUGAAGGUCCACCUUGGCAAGAUAAAAGGGGUAGGAGGGCAGGAGCCCCCUGUACAUCAACCUUCUCAGUCCACCCAUACCACAACUUCAAAUUCCCCAUCAUCUUCCUCAUCCUCCAGGCUCCUUGGAUAUCAAAAUUUCUAUUCUGGCCUCCUACUGAGAUUGCCUCCACCUGGGGAUGCUACCUGUUCUCAGAUGCUCCAGGCUACAGCAAGAGCAAUGCAGAGUGGGGAUAGUGAGCAAGAUGGAGCAGGAGCAUCUGCAAGAGGGCAGACAAUGGGUACAUCGGUUGGAGAGGGAGCUUCACCCAAGGUUAUGUUACCACAAGGCUCCUCUGGAAUUGUGCUGAAAACAGUGGGUUUUCCAGAUAAGAAUGGAUGGAGUGUCAACUCCUCUCAGAGGCCUCGUGGAGCAACUGGAAGAGACUGCCCCUUCUGUGCCAAAUCAUUCCGUUCUUCCCAUCAUCUAAAGGUGCAUUUGCGAGUUCACACAGGAGAGCGACCAUAUAAAUGCCCCCAUUGCUCUUAUGCUGGCACUCAAUCUGGGUCUUUGAAAUAUCACCUACAACGACAUCAUCGGGACUCCAAACUUUCUUCAGGUGUCCCUCUAAGGGGUAAGAGUAUUCAGCAAGGUGCAUCCCAGCAAGAGCGGCUGCUUCCUGCUGUGUCUUCUACCUGGGGAAGUUCCUGCCCUGAUCUGCCCACCCCCUGUGAGGAUGGGGCUACCUUGCCUCUCCGUCUCCACUUAAGUGAGGGCCAGGGUCCCAGUGUAUUUCCUCGAAUGCCUGGCAGAGGUGGCCAGAGAAGGAGGAGUCCCUCACAUCAACCAACAAAUGGGAGACCAGAGCAUGAGCCCUUGGAUUUGUCACAAGGAAACCCUUUCCACCGUUGCAUGUACUGUCCUUUCGUCACCUCUGUGGGAGAACUAAUGAGUCUCCAUCUUCAAGUACACCAUGGAAGAAGAUCACGUAGAAAGGGAGGCUACAUUCGAGGAAGACCAAGACCUGUGCUCUCCCCCCCGUCCCAAGGCCCAAGUCUAAGAGACAGCCCAGAACCAUGUGAAAGCACUGAGUGAACAGAGCACUGAAGGGCAGAUGGUAUUAGAAGUGCCCUUUGACUGCCCAAAAUCCAUGAUCCACAUAAAAAAGAAAGAAGAAAAGGUUAGGGCUGAUGAAAGAUGGUGGGUAGCUAGAGAUGAGAAGGCUUGUGUGGGGUAGAAAGAAAAGAAGGUUAGGAACUGAAAAGAAGUGAUUGAUUCAGGUAGAACAUGUGAGUGUGGCUAUACCAGCUAGGGAGGGUAGAAUGUGCAAGAGACA